GUUUCCUCUCUCUCUCUCUCACAUAUACGCGCGAGUCCUUUUUGCCCAAAAUUCCCAAUCGCUCACCGGAGUCUCGAAACCCCAAUCUGCAAAUCCCGAACAAUCCACCGACCUCAGCGUCUUCCGCCGCCGUCGGGCACCGUCCGAUAGUGAAAUUGUGAGUUUAGGGUUAUUUUUGCUGUCAGUCAUUUAUCGUCACGAUGUCAAUAUGUACGGCAGCUCCAAGUAAUGUUGUCAACUCACCUCAAUUAGCACCAGCAAGAAUAGUGGGAUCUAAGCAACGAGGCAAAGCCGAUCUAGGAAGCGUCUGUUAUCAGUUUCAUCCAUUGGUUGCUAGAAGUGGACAAGUUCAGAGUGUUAGGUUAGAACCGGUUCAGAAUGUCAAGUUGGAACCAAUUGAGCGUGGUACAUGCUUUGCUUUUGCGGGAACAAGAAAAGCAGUCACGCACUCUACUCUCAGACAGUCUAGCGCUUUCAUAUGUGCUGCUGCUUUGAAUGCCAGAUGCAGUGCGGAGCAAACCCAAACAGUUACACGUCAGGCUCCAACAAUGACUCACAUUCCAGCCAAGGACAAGUUACCAGAUCUUGAUGAUGGUGGGACUGGAUUCCCACCUCGUGAUGAUGGUGAUGGUGGCGGCGGCGGCGGUGGCGGUGGGGGCAACUGGUCUGGUGGAUUCUUCUUUUUUGGGUUUCUUCUUUUUCUUGGCUUCUUGAAGGAUAAAGAGAGUGAAGAACCUUACCGAGAUGAAAGGAGAAGAUGAGGCAAAGUUUUGAUAUCUACGUAAGUGUGGAUAUUUAGCUUAAAUUAAUAGCUUGAGGGUUAAGGACUAUGGUUUCAUUUUUCCUAUACCGAUGAAUAUUUACUAGCAUUCAAUUGUUUAGGAAAAUGUUGUGAAUUGUUCACAUACUCGUGAAAUGUUCAACUUGAACUAUGAUGAUGAGCAAGUAGUUCUUUGUAAGCAAUGUUAAAAUUUUGUGCCCAACUAGAAUCUUCUUUGUGUUUAUUCUUUAUUCACUAGUUUAAGGCACGUUCUCAUCUUUUUAGUUUA